GUUCGGAUCUAAACCUGACUCCCAUCUGCCGGCCGUACUGAAGACUUGAAGAGCUAGCGAGCAAGACCUAGUUGAGUUCUAGGGCACAACCUGUUCAACUUCGGAGGUUUCAAAUUAUGGAUCCAUCUCGAGGUAUCUUUCCUUCAACAUCUCUUUUCUUAAAGAUUUUCAAGUCUUUGUUUUGCUCGAUAUUGCAUAUAAUACAUGUUCUUGGUUGUGUUUACCUGGCCUCCAGUGUUAUUCCAUCUUGAUAUAGAAAUAAAUAUAUAUUAAUUUGAGGAGGAUAUAGCAUUUGUUCAUCCUUAAUUUUAGAUUUUCUAACUCUUUACCCGUUCACGAUUUUUUGAUUUCCAGUCGCUUCUCUCUUUUAGCUUGUUUUUGGGCAGUUUACCUUUAUGCAGGCUGUUGUAUUCCUUCAGGAGAGGGUUUGUGGAUUGGUCAGAGUUGCCUAAACACCUAUUGGAUUCAGUUUUAGGGAGGCUAGAGUUACUGGGAGAUUAUUUGCGAUUUAGUAUUGUCUGUAGAUCAUGGUAUUGGGUAGCAAAGGAUAAUAAAAACAAACUCGCUACAAGGCAGUGUUGCCAUCCUCCUCCAAUGCUCUUGAUUAAUACUGACAAAGAAGAUACAUGGAAGGUCUACAACGUCAUGGAUAAUAAGCUUCUUGAUUUGCAAUUAAGAGUGCCAAAUACUCGAUUUUGUGGGUCUUCAAAAGGAUGGUUGAUAUUCAUGGAGAACGACUAUGCAGUAACCCUUGUAAAUCCAUUCUUUAGGGUUAGAGGGAGGAGAGAGAAACAAAAUUCAAUUAUCCACCUUCCUCCAUUGUUGCCACCUAGAGAGACAGACAAAUUUUAUCGUGAACACUUUGAUUAUUAUGUUUACAAGGCUAUAAUUUCAGCAGAUCCGAUACUAAAUAGAAAGGAGUGCAUUGUUGUCGUCGUAACUCAGCCCUUCUGGCAGUUGGCUUUUAUUAGACUCGGGAAAGACUCAACUUGGACUUAUGUUGACGGACGUUACCGUGCUCGUGGAUUUGAUGAAGUUGUUUUUCUUGAAGAUAAGUUUUAUGGUGUUCAAUCUGAUAGCAGAGUUUUAUCUUUUAAGGUUAACACUCAUGUUCACUCCAACCUAAAAUUUGCUGCACGCCGCAUUGAAACAGACUAUUGGUACAAGAAUUACCUGGUGUAUUCAAUUGAGAAAGAAUUGUUGUUAGUUCAUAGGCAUUUUGAGGAUUCGAGACGUACAGUGAAGUUCGUAGUUUAUAAACUGAAUUUCAAUAACCGUAAGUGGACUGAGAUAAACACUAUAGGUGAUGUUGCUCUCUUUGUGGGUGAUAACUCUACAUUUUCCGUGUUGGCGUCAAGCUUUCGAGGAUGUCUACCAAAUUGCAUAUACUUUACCCAUGACAGUAAUAGCGUGAAAGUACACUUGGGGCCUGAUGGUCCUCAUGAUUUUGGCGUGUAUGAUGUCGAAUAUAGAAGGUUUUUAAACGUUGACACCACACAAGUUUCAACUCUUGUCAAGAUGAGCAAGCAACCACCAAUUUGGAUUUUGCCAACGUUUCAGCUGUAAGCUCAAGAGUAGCUUCUUUUUGGAUAUCUUUUGAUUCUUGAUUCAUCUGUCAAAUUCUCGAAUUAUAAGCUAGUUGAUUAUGUAUCUUUCUUGUUUUUUUCUUUUGGUUGUGCUAUUGGUUUCCUUGAUCAACGAAAGAAUAUUGCUUUUUUUUUU